AUGGGCCCUCUUGCUCAUUAUCUCAUUCCACUCAUCGUGGGCGCAGCCCAGGCUGUGACUGUUAAGGGCUACUGGACCGCCGGGUGUCAGUCACCUGGGGGUACACUUGGACUGUGUACCAACCUUCAGGAGAAUCAUUGCUGUAUCUUUGCGCCUGAAGCACACCCAUUUUCCGUUUUUGCUGAUGCGGGUUUUACUGGAAAUACCCGAUCUGUUGAGUGGACUCGCUUUAGCGAAUGCCAACGGUUGCAAUGGUGGAACCCCAAUAGUCGCCCAAAUAGUGCAAGCAUUGGGACAGCAGAUUGGAACUGCCAUGGGAGUGUGCGCGACACUUUCACAACAGGGGCGCAUGUGUCAAUCCCAAGAUACUGCAUGACAUCUAGUGCUGAUCAACCUCCUUUUGGUCAACGCCACGAUGGAGCUUCAUGGAGAGACAUCAUCAGUGCGAUCAAAUCACACGGAUACAGCGGAGCUUAUGUUGAGGCCUCCCAUUGCUCCCCGCAAAAGGACUACGGCUCGGAUCUUGCUGCUUCGGUGGCAGACCUCACCAGGAGCAUGCACCUUCCGAACUCUGCAGGGUCAAUGAUUUUUGGUUCUAUGAGUGGUAGUAAGCGGAAACGUGUGAACGAGAAGCUGGAGCGUCGGUCCGCAAUCGAAAUCCAGAAGUCACUGACAAAGGAGUUUUACGAGACACCUUGUGAAGGGGCUGUGUACGCGACUCAUUUUGGUCUCACUCCCGGAACGGGCGUCUGGGUUCUGGAAGGAUCAAAGGGUAACCAUGAGCUCCUCAUCAAGGCAUCGACCGAUGCCUCUUCUGGCUGGAACACCAGGUUGAAAAAGGCUGGUGCUGUCUACUUUGACCAUUGGGCGGAGCAUCCUGAAAUCCGAGAGCACAUGAUGGAUGCUGGACAUACUUUCACCGAGAAGGAUAUUUGGGUGGCUAAGGCCAAAAGAUCUGUUGGUGAUGAACCAACCGAGGACGAUUAUAUCCCACCUGAGAUCUCGAUUGAAAGCCGGUCUCUCCCAGCAAAUUCCCAAUCCGACGAGAUUUCCGUGGGUGACAGCUUCCCGGCCAUUGCUGAGAGGUCUACAGACAUCCCCGAAGAUGACAGCUUUCCUUAUAUCGCCGAGAGAUCUAUCAACCAGCCAGAAGAUGACAGUUUCCCAUGGAUCCAAUGA